CAGGGAUGGAGAGGAAGGUUAGCACUUCUCACCCUAUAAAUGGUGCUAUCUACCUCUCCACACUGAGCUGGAGGCAGAGACGCAAGCAGCCUGAGGCCCUGAGUGUGGGAGAAACAGCUGGAGCAGGAGCCAUGCCACUGUGCUCUCUGGCCCUCACCCUUGUCUUGAUGGCAGUUUCUGGCAUCAUGUGCAACAGGACAGAAUUUUGUAUCCCUGGGAUUCCUGGGACUCCUGGGACUCCUGGAUCCCAUGGUCUGCCUGGUAGAGAUGGGAGAGAUGGUGUGAAAGGAGACCCUGGACCUCCAGGCCCCAUGGGCCCCCCUGGAGGAAUGCCAGGCUUCCCUGGAUGUAAUGGGAUGAGUGGAAUUCCUGGUGUCCCUGGAGAAAGAGGAGACAAGGGAGAUCCUGGUGAGAGGGGCCCUCCAGGGCUUCCAGCUUCUCUGGAUGAGAAAAUCCAAACCAUUCUCCGUGACCUUAAACAUAAAAUCCUGCAGUCAACAGGAGUCCUCAUCUUGCAGGGGUCCAUGUUGGCAGUGGGGGACAAGAUCUUUGCCAGUAAUGGUCAGUCGGUCGACUUUAAUGCCAUUAAGGAGACUUGCACCAGAGCAGGUGGUGACAUUGCUGUCCCCAGGAGUCCAGAGGAGAACGCAGCCAUUGCCAGCAUCGUGAAGAAGUAUAACAUCUACACGUACCUGGGCCUGACAGAGGGCCACACCCCAGGGGACUUCUACUACCUGGAUGGGGCCCCCAUGAACUAUACCAACUGGUACCCAGGGGAACCCAGGGGUCGGGGCAAGGAGAAAUGUGUGGAGAUGUACUCAGAUGGGACGUGGAAUGACAGGAACUGCCUGCAGUACCGACUGGCCAUCUGUGAGUUCUGAGCAGGAACUGAUGCCAAAGGAUGGGUCCAAUCUUGCCUUACUUUACAUUUUCUAUCCUGAUAGUCCACUUGGUUUAUGAGAUGCUGAAACUCCUUCCCAACCAGAUUUAUUUGUGGCUAUUAAAGCCGGAGGUGGCUAUUAAAGCCAGAUGAAGUCCUUUCAUUCACAAUCCAUCUUGAUGCUCCCUUGGAGCUCCUGGGCAGCACACAGUUGUCACUCCCCAACAUUGGUCUCCAUUGUGAGGUGGAGAGUUCCUUCUUCCUUGACUGGUUCCUUCAAUUAUAGAUGGAAACAGUGAGGUCCCAGAAUGGAAGGACCCUAUAAAAUUACACACAGAAUGUCUUUCUCUGCCUGGUCCCAUCAAGAUUUAGCAGUCCUGGUUAAGCAUAAUGGUAGAGUAGGAAGACUUCUGGCAAAGUCCAAAUGUGAAGUCCUAAGGACACAAGCUGUGUGGGGAUGACUUGGUCUCUGGGAAGUUAAGGAGCCAGGUGGUGCCCAACACAGUGAUGAUGGAACUCAACCCUAGUAAUUGGCAGGUACGAUCCACUCCCUUGGGUUUCAGGGCACAAGGUUCUCCUCUUCAGCCCAGGCCUGUAGGGAAGAACCCCUUCUACCUCAGGUCUCACCCAAGUAACUUCCUGCUAACGGACAUAUCUUUGUCCACUUCAGAUGUCAGUGAAGAAUUCACAUGGCCAACCACACCAUGGCCUCUCUUCUCGUCUGUUAUUAAUUCAUUCACUCAGCUAUUUCAUUCAAAUCAUCUGAGUGCCAGGUCUUAGGCUGUGUCUCAGGGUGGGUACCUUUUGACUUUGGGGAAUCUUUUUUUCUCUGAGCUUGUUUCUGUAUUUUUGAAAUGGAGACCAGACACUUGUUGCUGUCCAAAUAUUAACAUUCUGACUACCAACAUUACUAUGACCACUAGCACUGCUGCAGAGACUGUUCUAGAGCACAUGCUGUAUGCUGAGCACCUUGAUAAGCACUUUGAAUAUUUCUUAAUAAACAUCAUUUACUCUUCACAAUGCCAUGGAUGAGUAUUGCUUUCUCCGUUUUUUGUUUUUUUUUUAAUAUAAAGAUGCUGAGGCUUACAGAGGUUAAAUGUCUUGAAUAUUAUUAUAUUCACAAGUGGCAGAGACUGGACUCAAAUCCAUCUGCUCUGACCUGAAGUUCAUGCUUGUAACUACCCCACCCUCAAGCCGAACUGCAAUUGUUUAAGUGUAAUAAAUAAUCUGUGUUAA